AUGCCGUAUCAUCCUACGUCUAUGACUUCUCAGUUAAAAUUCACGUUAAGGAUUGUUAAUGCGCCGCUCCCGGCAAAAUUGAAGAUGCCCCCAACGUUAAAAUUUUAUGAUGGCACGUCCGACCCGGACGAUCAUAUGUUCGCAUUCGCCGGAGCAACUAAGGUCGAACAAUGGCCCAUGCCAGCAUGGUGUCACAUGUUUGCUCAGACUCUCACCGGGUCAGCAAGGGUGUGGUUCGACGGUUUACAAGAAGGGUCGAUUGAUCAUUUUGAAGACUUCCGGCGUAUGUUUUUGCAAAAUUUUUGUCAACAGCGACGCUGCAAGAAAGACAUCACUGAGGUCCAUCACAUAAAACGUCGUGAUGGAGAGUCUGUCGAAGAUUUUAUUGGCCGUUUCAAUAAGUGGGGCAGUGGACCAUCUCCGUGUUUCCGGGUUCUGUCACGGAGUUCGAAACAAUCAGCUUGUAGAGAAGCUCCACGAAGACCUCCCAAAAACCAAGGAGCCAAGAAUGCGAAGGCUCGAACCACAUCAUGGAGAUGGAACACAUCACCACCAAAGGAUAGAAACAGCAAUUGGAAUAGAAGUCGCAGGCAGUACCAGAAGUCUGAUCGAAGCAGCUUUCAAACCAGAAACAUAUGUUUCAAUACGUUCUCCGAAUUAACCAAAUCGCCGAGCGAGAUCCUUAGUACGGAAACCACCCGGUUUCCUACACCGUCAAAGCAGCGGCCUAUAUCGGAUAAACAUUCUAAAAAUUAUUGUGAAUACCACCGAGACAAGGGGCAUACGACCGACGAGUGUUGGGUGCUAAAACAAGAAAUCGAGAAAGCCGUACGAUCCGGAAAACUCUCCCAUCUCAUAAAGGAAGUAAAAGAUGGCAAAAAAUCAGCAACCGCACCUGACAACCCAAACACUGAGGCCGGAAUCAACAUGAUUCGGUCUACCGAACCAAGGGGGAUAAAGCGGUCGAACCAGCGCAUGGCAGCUUGGAUGCACCAACCAACGUAUUUUCCUCCGAUUGAUCCGGACGAUGCUCGAGACGGACCGAUCACAAUAUCGGCCGUAAUUGUAGGUCAUUUGGUCCGAUGA